UAUAACAAUAACAAAAGGUGUAUUCUACUUUGCUAAUUACUCGUGUUGUGUAAUCAGGAUAUUACAUCUUUAUAACACAGAGCCCAAAAUUGAAUUACAUCGGUUCGGUUCGAACUGUGAUAAAAAUAUCUGCUUUUCUCAUACAUUCUACUGACAAGAUUAUCAUAAAUGGAGCUAGACGGAUAGGUAAAUUUCAUUUGACCACUGACAGAUAAGUGAUUGUGAACUUGAGUCAAACAAUUCAUGCUUUUGACAAAUAUCUUUCCAAGUUUUAAAUCAAGCGAAACUAUAGGAAUCGAAUUUAUUCAUUGUUAAUAGUAAGCUAGUUUUUUAGGGUUCUCAAAUCAUUUGUAUCUGUAUAUAAAGCAUAGAAAAAUCAUUCUACUGCAUGAUCAAGCCAAUCGAUUCUUCUCUAAGACUAACUUAACGAACUUUCCGUAUCAAAAUUAAUCAUAACUUCCACUCUUAUCCGCCGUCCUUCAAUAUGGAAAAAGUCGUGCUUUCAUGAUAAUGUAAUUUUAAGCAAUAUCAAUAUUAUCAUCAAUAGAUACUUUUUAAAAUACCUAACAUCAUGAACUAAAAGUAAUUGAUGAACAAAAUACAGCAAUGACGUCUAACAUUUGAUUUGUAAAUGAGGAGUAGUUAGGUACAGUUAUUAUUCAACGAUCUGCAUAGAACUGGUCCUUGUCUAGCAUGAUUAUUCAGUUUUCAACGACAAAAACCUCUUUUCUUACUCUUGUUGAAAGUUGACCAUAACGAUCAUUCUCUAAUUCAUUAUAGUUGCUGCCCAUGAAAGACAUUGGCAACGUUGGGAAAUAGUCGUUUGUGUAAUAAUCUUAUGAAUUUGAAUUCGAAUAUAACAAUUUAAAAGAUUGAAUUUGAGAGUAAAAUAAAGGAAUAACGGAUAGUUGUCUGAUAAAAUUGCAAUGAAUGACUUUGAAUUCCACACCAUAUUCUAAAACAAAAUCAUCCUUGUUGAUAAAGUUGAGAAUUCGAUUAAAAAGCAUUUCUCGUCUUGCAGCAAUUUCGAUUUCUAUGAAGAGAAACCUUCUCUCUCUUAUUUUAAUAAUUUUUCUUGUCUCUAUUUUAGACUAUCCAUUACGUUCUCCAUUCAGCACCAACAUUCAUCCAAAUGCUCGAUGGCAACAAAAUGGUAUCAUUGUGGCUGGAGGAAAUCGACAAGGCAAUGGAUUCAAUCAACUCUCAGACCCAUGUGGUUUGUAUGUUGAUGAUGAUCAAACAAUCUAUGUUGCUGAAUGGUCGAAUCAUCGUAUUGUGGAAUGGAAACGAGGUGCAACAAGUGGCCAAGUGAUUGCCGGUGGAAAUGGACAAGGAAGUGGAGAUCAUCAAUUGGAUAACCCAUAUGAUGUGAUUAUCGACAAAGAGAGAGAUAGUCUCAUCAUAUGCGAUACU